AUGUUUUCUCAUUCCAAGAUAAAUGUCAAGGAUCCUGUUCUUUUUGAUAUUAGAUUACAUGAUCCAGAAGAUGGUGUUAUCGUUAUGAAAGGACCAGGUGAAUCAGCACCUUCGGUUUUAAUAUCGGGAACUAUUGUUUUAUCAGUAUUGUCACCAAUUUCUAUCAAAGCUUUGAAAUUGUCAUUAAUUGGUAAAUUAUGUUUAAAUAUAUUGGAUGAUCAAAAUCCACACGGAACUAAAAAAUACACAAGGUUCUGUAAAAAUUUCUUCGAACACAAAUGGGACGACUUUAAUUUAGAAAAUUAUUUGCAGAAUAACUUUAAUGAUUUUAGAGAAGAUGCUUCGAACGAUACAGAUUCUAAAAGUGGGAAUUCAAUUGAAUUGAAUAGAAGAUCUAAGUCCUCUGUUUCAUUAAAGAAAUUACCUUCGAAAAAUGAUCAAGGCUAUAGAACUUUUAUUAAGGGAAAUUAUGAAUUCCCGUUUAGUGCAAUUUUACCUGGAUCAUUAACAGAAAGUGUAGAAGGUUUGCCAAAUGCUUCGGUAACUUAUACCUUACGUGCUUGCCUUCAAAAAGCAAAAACUCAUUAUAAUGUUUAUAUUUGUACAAAACAUGUACGUAUAGUACGUACUCUUUGUAGUGAUGUGGUAGAAUUAUCAGAAACUGUUGCGGUUGAUAAUAAAUGGCCUGGUAAAGUUGAGUAUACAAUUUCGGCACCUUCCAAAGCUGUCGCAAUAGGGUCUUCAACUCCAAUCAACAUGCUGCUUGUGCCGCUUUUGAAAGGUUUAAAAUUAGGACCCAUAAAAAUAGCAUUAGUCGAGAGUUCACAGUUUUGUGGAAAUUUUGGAACAAUUAUAAAUCAAGAAAGAAUUGUGACUAAGAUGAAGGUUAAAGAUCCAUUAAAUUAUGCAUCGGAAAAUAUAAAUCCAUCUAAUGAAGAAGAUUCGGAAUUUAAGGAUAGAUGGGAGCUUGAUCUAAAUUUGCCAAUCCCUGCAAGCUUGUCUAAGUGUACUCAAGACUGUUCUAUUCUUAGGAACAUUAAGGUUCGUCAUAAACUUAAGUUUGUGAUACCAUUGAUUAACCCAGACAAACACGUAUCUGAAUUAAGGGCAUCGUUACCUAUCCAACUAUUUGUAUCUCCAUUCAUUCCACUAGCUGUUAGGAAUUUCGAUGAGAGUGAUAUUGACAAACAUCAUCACAAAGAUGUAGAUAUUUCAAUUACAGAUAAAGGUCCGGGCUUUGAUAAUGAUGUGAUAUUUAACAAUUUAACAUCUGACCUAGAUAUCACACAUGCGGGAGCUGCAACAAAUAUCGAUGGAAACGUCCCAAAUUCAAUGGUGGACUUAUUAAGUCCUCCUAACUAUGAUAAGCAUAUUUAUGAUAGAGUCCUUUCGGGAACUGCAUCUGGUGUAAAUACACCGUUGGAAUCUGGCACGCAAACGCCAGUAACUCAGUCUGAGAUGCCUUUUCCAGCAGUCCAUUCUGGUAUCCAAUCUCCAUCGUCGAAUACUGGAAUCAAUUCAUUGUCAGAUAUCAGAUCUAUAAAUAUUCAGAACUUCGAUAAAGCCACUGAUAGAAUCAAUAGAAAUUAUUAUGCUCCUGGAAUUACAAUAAACAAUGGUGAUCUGACAGGAAAUGUACCUGGGAAUACUCAUAUUGCAGGCAGUCCUUUAAAUCCUAAUAUUAUGAGCAAAUCUUUAGGAAAUAUUUCAAGUUUAUUUAGGCCAAAUGAGAUUUCAUCUCCAAAGAAGGAAUGGUCUAAGGACUCUAUAAGUCGAGUUCCAUCAUAUGAUUUUGCGAUGAAGUCAACAACAUUGGAAGAAGAUUUACCACCAGUAUAUCCAAGGAGUGGUAAUGACGUUCAAGUCACUGGGAAGAAACUGAUCAAACCAAAAACUUUAAGGUUGAAAUCAUACACGUCUAUGAUAUUGGGUAAUGAUAGUCAUGCGCAAAGUACUGAAGUUAUAAAGAAAAGUAGCAGCGUCUUGUCUGGGAAUCAAAGUAUGUUUUCUUCGAUGGACCUCAAGUUAGCAGGAGACUCGAUAAAUGUAAAUAGCUCUGCAAAUAGCAUUUCAUCUGGAAUUGUUGGAGGACGUAAGAGUUUAAGUUCGGAGAAGUCCCCUGAAAUUUUACCUAUCAUGGUACCGCCAAAUGAUUUCUCUACUAGGGCGUUACAAUUUCAAGCUGUCCCCUCUAAGACAAGUUCUUUGAAUAAAACUCUUGAUGUUGAAUCCCCUCCAACAAUGACGCCGAUAACUUCACCUCCUAACGAUUUUUCAACAAGGGCAUUACAAUUUCAAGCUACUCCUUCGUAUGAUAAUUUCGAUACCAGUUCUCAAAAUAGGACAUCAUCAGUAAAUGGCCUUUUAGGAUUUUUUGGUCUGAAGGAUAAAAAAUGA